GAUAGGGGGGAUACCGAAACCUCCUGACCCCCCUCAUUCCCGCAGGACGCCGGAUCAGGAGGACGACCAGGAAAGCGACCACGCCCACGGCUUCUCUCCAGGGCCGGGCUCAGGUCGGGGCGAUCCGGGCCUCCCCACUAGGGACGCGGACAAAUACCGCGGCCCGGUGUCGCCUGCCUCCUCCAUGGGCUCCACCUUAGCGUCCUCCGUGCUGGGCGGGUCCUAUGCGGAGGUGCGGCGGCCCGAGCGCAGCGCGAGGCGCAAAAGACAGAACAGUGAGGGGGACUCUUUAGUGUGGGAGCGCCAACGAGGCUGUGAGAGUGAGAGCGAGAUGGUGUCCUCGACGUCCUCCUUGCGGAUCAACCAGCGCCGCGGCUCGGAGGGCAGCGAGGUGGAGGAGGGCAAGAAGGGGGUCUUCAUGCAGCUGCUGCAGAUGGUGCGCUUGCGCGAGGACAAGAAGAAGCAGGACUACGAGAGCGACGUGGACGAGGGCCGCGCCUCGUCCAGAGAGCGCGGGACGAUGGGCCGCGUCGUCCAUCGCCUGUCGCGGACCAAGCUGAUGGCGGACCACCACCCGGACCACUUCCGAGACUUCACAUCGCUGGUCUUCGACCCCUCGGCCGUGCCCGAGAGGCCGAAGUCUGCCUGCGACAACACGCUGCUUCGAAACGCCGAGAAGCUCUACUCCGGGCUGGGCUCCGUGCGCGCCUACAGCGGCGAGCCCGAGGCCGGCGACCGCGUCAGCGCCGAGCGGCUGAACGAGGUGCGCGAGGCGCAGGCCCGCGCCGUGGCCGCGUCGUGCCACUCGCGCGAGAACUCCGUGGGGCGCGCGAGGUCGGCCGAGCGGGAGGCCGCGGGCAUCAGGACGCCCAAAGCGGUACCGGUGCCGCGCGUGCCGCAGGGAAGCCGCAGCGGCGAGUUCAGCCUUGGGGGAGGUCAAGGCCAUCGUGCACGCCGAGCAGCUGGGGGGGCCGAGCCGCAAGUCCCCGGGGCGCAAGGACAUGGACGCGAUCUACUCGGUGGCCACGGUGCCCCGCAAGAGCGCGUCCAAGAAGGAGAACAUCUACGAGAACGUUCCGAUCCAGUCCGACCUGAUGGGCGGCAGGCAGUUCCGCGAGGACCCGCGCGCCCGACCCGUGUUCAAGAAGCAGAAUUCCCUGGACGCCCUUCCCUCCGAGUCGAGAAAGUCGAGCACGAUGCGGAAGGGCGACGGCGGCGGCGGCGGCGGCGGCGGCGGCUCGGGCGGCAUGAGGCACGGGACGCUGCGGAAGGCGGACAGUUUCGAGGGGCACGAGGAGGCAGUGAAAACAUUGGUGGCAGCUGUCCAGGAGACAAGAAUAUUAAGGCGAAAGAAAACUAAAUGAUCAACUUUGAACAUAAUUUAUAAAAUGUUCAUGUUUUUACAGUUGUAUUUCCAAGCUUAUCAUCGCCUGCAGCAGAGAAAAACUGCAUUUUUUUUCUUCCUAUUAAGUCGAUAAAGUGUUGAUCAAUCAAAACAGUAGUCUGCCUAAUAUGUGAUCGUCAUAUUCAUGAAUAGGAAAAGAAACGAAAGAAGAAGAAGAAGUCUAAAACGAAAAAAAAAAAGAAAGUUACCAAAGAGUUCAUGCUAAUCGUGCAGGUGUGUCGUGUUAUACAGUUUUUGAUAAAAGUUAAGGAGUUUAGAUAUAACUUGGGUAACUGCUAGAGACAAGGAAAUAGUUAUGUUGGCGAAGUGUAGAUGUAAGUGAAAAAAAAAUAUAUAUAAAUAAAAUUAAAAAAUAAUCAGUGACAGUGUUACAGUACAUGUUGUGCUUACAUGGUUGUGACUAACAGUUGUACAGAAUCGAGAGCAAGUUAGAUGACGCAGACGGAGCGCGAGUGAAAUGUAGCAGAUUUGAACGAAUAUCAAGUUGUAUCUGACUUAGUUGAUCUUCAUCGUCGUCUCAAACACCGUGGUAUUUUUUAUGAAGGGUUGAUAUAAGUGUGAGGGUCUGUAAAAGUGUAUUUCUAUAUUAUAGUAAAAGCUGGCCUCUAAUGGAUACCGAUUUCGGGUGCUUUUAACAGGCCAAUAACAAACACAUUAUGUUAUAUACUUUGUUCAUGAAAAAAAGCAACAAGAAGCAACAACAACAACAACAACUAAGGGUGUUCUAUGAUAGUAAUGUGUACUAAUACUAGUCUUUUAUACAUAUAAAAGUUCUGUAGACGA